AUGGCGGCUGGCACGCGCCCGGCGGCCGGACCUCGGUCCCGUGCUGCCAUGGCCCAGUGGAGGAAAAAGAAGGGGCUGCGGAAGCGCCGAGGCGCGGCCUCCCAGGCUCGCAGCAGCGACUCAGAGGACGGCGAGUUUGAGAUUCAGGCGGAAGAUGACGCCCGGGCCCAGAAGCUGGGACCUGGCAGACCCCUGCCCACCUUCCCCACCUCGGAAUGCACCUCAGAUGUGGAGCCCGACACCCGGGACAUGGUACGAGCCCAGAACAAGAAGAAGAAGAAAUCCGGAGGCUUCCAGUCCAUGGGCUUGAGCUACCCAGUGUUCAAGGGCAUCAUGAAGAAGGGCUACAAGGUGCCAACACCCAUCCAGAGGAAGACCAUCCCGAUGAUCCUGGAUGGCAAGGACGUGGUGGCCAUGGCCCGGACGGGGAGCGGCAAGACGGCCUGCUUCCUCAUCCCCAUGUUUGAGCGGCUCAAGACCCGCAGCGCCCAGACCGGGGCCCGUGCCCUCGUCCUCUCGCCCACCCGCGAGCUGGCCCUGCAGACCAUGAAGUUCACCAAGGAGUUGGGCAAGUUCACAGGCCUCAGAACCGCCCUGAUCCUGGGCGGGGACAAGAUAGAAGACCAGUUUGCAGCCCUGCACGAAAAUCCCGACGUAAUCAUUGCCACCCCCGGGCGCUUGGUGCACGUGGCUGUGGAGAUGAACCUGAAGCUGCAGAGCGUGGAGUACGUGGUGUUCGAUGAGGCAGACAGCCUCCUUACCGCUCUCCCUCCCUCUCGUCUUCACUCCGCGCAGCUGCUGACGACCCAGGGGGUGAGUUGCGCGCACAUCUACAGCGCCCUGGACCAGACGGCCCGCAAGAUCAACCUCGCCAAGUUCACCCACGGCAAGUGCUCCACCCUCAUCGUGACAGACCUGGCGGCCCGCGGCCUGGACAUCCCGCUGCUGGACAACGUCAUCAACUACAGCUUUCCUGCCAAGGGCAAGCUUUUCCUGCACCGCGUGGGCCGCGUGGCCCGGGCGGGCCGAAGUGGCACAGCCUACUCUUUGGUGGCUCCAGACGAGGUCCCCUAUCUGCUGGACCUGCACCUGUUCCUCGGCCGUGCCCUCACCCUUGCCCACCCCCAUGAAGGGCCCUCAGGUGCGGCCGGUGGGGACGGGGUGCUGGGCCGGGUGCCGCAGAGCGUGGUGGACGACGAGGAGGGCGGCCUCCGGAGCGCCCUGUCAGCGUCGCUGGAGCUGCGGGGCCUGGGCCGGGUGGCCGACAACGCCCAGCAGCAGUACGUGCGCUCCCGGCCCGCGCCCUCGCCCGAGUCCAUCAAGAGGGCCAAGGAGCUGGAUGUCACGGGGCUGGGCCUCCACCCGCUCUUCAGCUCGCGCUUCGAGGAGGAGGAGCUGCAGCGGCUGAGGAUGGUGGACACCAUCAAGCGCUACCGCUCGCGGGCGACCAUCUUUGAGAUCAAUGCCUCCAGCCGGGACCUCAGCAGCCAGGUGAUGCGCGCCAAGCGGCAGAAGGACCACAAGGCCAUCGCCACCUUCCAGCAGGGGCGGCAGGGGCGGCAGGAGCAGCAGGAGGGCCCAGCUGGCCCAGGCCCAGGCUGCCCGGCACCCCGGGAAGAGAGGCCUGAGGAGGAGGAAGAGGCAGCGGGAGAGAGUUUGGAGGAUGUCUUCACAGAGGUCAUAGGCCGGAAGCGGCAGCAGCCGGGACCUGAGCGGGGAGCCAAGAGGCGGAGGGAGGAGGCCCGGCACCGGGACCGGGAGUUCUAUAUCCACUACCGGCCCAAGGAUUUUGACAGCGAGCGGGGGUCAGUGGCUGGCUGGUCCUGGGGCGCCGAGGGCAAGCGGGCCGCCCCGGCCCCCUCCCUCCAUGGCAGCCCUCCCAAGUCCCUCUCCCGCAGGGACCGUAAGAAGAAGCGCUUUGUGGGACAGUCAGGCCAGGAAGACAAGAAGAAGAUCAAGACGGAGAGUGGCCACUACAUCAGCAGCUCCUACAAACGGGACCUCUACCGGAAGUGGAAACAGAAGCAGAAAGUCGAUGAUCGUGACUCAGAGGACGAAGGGGCAUCCCAGCAGCGAGGCCCAGAGCGAAGAGGGGGGAAACGGGGCAGAGGCCAAGGCGCGUCCCAGCCCCGCACCCCAGCUGGCCCUGCGGGCCGCGUGCGCUCAGAGCUCAAGACCAAGCAGCAGAUUCUGAAGCAGCGGCGCCGAGCCCAGAAGUUGCGCUUCCUGCAGCGUGGGGGCCUCAAGCAGCUCUCCGCCCGCAACCGGCGCCGCGCCCAGGAGCUGCAGCAGGGCGCCUUCGGCCGGGGCGCGCGCUCCAAGAAGGGCAAGGUGAGGAAGAGCAUGUAA